AUGGCGCUUGUGCGCCGUAUAUUAGGCGACGCCCAGGCGAAACUUCGCAAGAUGGUGGACGAACAAGUGUCAGUUGGCACAAGGGUAGAAGCGGAUGCAGAACCAGAGCCCGCAGACCCUCUCAUCACUCCAGCGUGUUCUGCGCUCGAUCGAAAUGACGAUCCUCGACCCAUUCCCCCCGAACGAAGAUUCCUCAUCAGCACUCUUGAUAAACCUCGCAAUAGUUCGCUGAAUGGGGACAAAGAUUCUACAUUGAAUAGGUCUGCUCGAAUAUCAAUAAAAAAUGGAAAGGAAAAUCCUUUUAUCGCCUCUUCACCAGAUGACGAUAACAAAGAAAACCAAACAAAUGGUAAAUUAGAUUCACCGAUCAAAUGGUCCACUCAAAAUGGUAGCGACAGUGGAACUUAUGCUGAGAUUGGGACAGGAGCAAACAGUAACACCAGUGAGAAAAAUAUUCUGGAUCCAGCGGACAGCUCUGAAGAAGAAGUUCCUUUACCAGACGCUACUUCUCCGGGUAGGAGCAGUGAAGGCCCUGAACCCAGAGCUGAUAUUACUGCCUCUCUUGAGGGAGGUUCAGGGUCCCCAGGAGGUCGGUCAGAUCGUUCCCGUCAGGAUGAAGUACCGGCAUCUCCAGGAAUGCUAACAGCUGCUCAGUUGGCGCGCAGACUACGCUUAGAAAAUGAGCGCCUGCAGGCGGAGUUGACAAGAGUACGACGGCUACUUGUGGCUGCGGCGGAGAGGGGUGAGGCGGGUAACGCGUUGAUAGAAAGGGCCCCCGAUGCAGAAGGGCCACCCCUUGACCCUCAGCAACUAGAGAAGGAGCUGUUGCUUGCUAGAGAAGCUGUUUCAUCUCUCAAAGCCGACAAGAAACGGCUUAAAGCGGAGAAAUUUGAUUUGCUCAAUCAAAUGAAGCAGCUCUACGCCACUCUUGAGGACAAAGAGAAGGAGCUCAGGGAUUUCAUCAGGAAUUAUGAACAGAUGCGGUCUCGAAGCGGUGCUUCAUCAGCGUUGGGUGCAGAACGAGCGGAGCGGGAACGCGAGCGUGCGGCGUUGUUGCGGCAUGCCCGCGACGAGGCAGAGCGCUCUUUACAACUGGCGGCCGCACUCAGCGCCCGUGAUACACAGUUGCGGCAUGCUAGGGAACAGCUUUUUGAGGCUAGAAGACAACUACAAGCGGCGGGAUGUUUGUCCGAAGGUGAGAGUGUGGCUUCCUUGGGAAUCGGUCCUCCAAUGAUGCUUGGAGGUCCUACUGGUUUGAUGGGUGAUAGAGGUAGCUGCAGCGCAGAUUCUGGAGUUAGAGGUAGCAGCGAUGGUGGCGCCACGUCGGUUUGCGGCGGAAACCUAUCAGACUCCACCGCAGAGGGCGCGCCUCCCACCCUCGACCCAUACGAUACAGAUGCUGUAUCAUUGGUGUCAUCCGCGCACCCUGUAUACCAAUUAAGUACGCCACGUGACUGUAGCCCGACUCUUUCACCACAUAACAGCGCUUCAUCUUUCACAAGAUCUAUUGAUGCUGGAUCCUUAUCUAGGUCAGUGGAGCAGUUAUCAAGUCCGGGGGAAUGCGACUCUGGUAUGGUAGGGAUGCGGUCUCGGCCUGGGGGAUCCAAGGCCGGCCGCGGUCGAGGAUCCGCUUGGGGAUCCAUAUCUCGCGUGUUUGCUCGAAGCAGACACCGCACUAAGUCCGGUAGCGCAGCCAGUAGUGGUCACGAGAGCGAGCCAAUAUACGCCGGAACAGGCAGCACAAGUCGCGCUUGGUCUCCUCUAGGCAGUGAGGCAGCAUUACGCGAAGCUGCUUCUCUACCUCUAUCAAGAUGGCGAGCACCAGCCAUCAUCGCCUGGCUUGAACUUGCUCUUGGCAUGCCGCAAUAUGCAGCUGCUGUUGCUGAUAAUGUUAAAAGUGGAAAGGUUCUGCUCGAGUUGACGGACACGGAUCUUGAGGUCGGGUUGGGGGUGACUCAGCCAAUGCACAGGAAGAAGCUGCGGCUGGCCAUCGAGGAGAGACGGCGGCCGGACCUCGUGCGGAACCCUAGCAUCGGACAGCUGAGCCAUGCAUGGGUUGCUGCGGAGUGGUUGCCGGAUCUAGGGCUGUCCCAAUACGCAGAAUCAUUCUUAGCCAAUCUGGUGGAUGCUAGAAUGUUGGAUACGAUCAGCAAGAAGGAACUUGAGAAAUAUCUUGGGGUCACGAGAAAAUUCCAUCAGGCAUCGAUCGUCCACGGCAUUCAUUUGCUACGAAUCAUGAAAUACGAUAGACAAGCACUGGCUGUACGGCGGCAUCAGUGCGAAAAUGUCGAUGCGGACCCUCUGGUUUGGACCAAUCAAAGGUUUAUGCGCUGGUCUCACAAUAUCGACUUGGGUGAAUUUGCUGAGAAUCUCAAAGAUAGCGGUGUCCAUGGUGGUUUGGUGGUACUUGAACCAUCAUUCACUGGUGAGACCAUGGCCACGGCGCUCGGCAUACCACCGUCGAAGAGUAUAAUUCGAAGGCAUUUGGUAGCGGAAUUUGAUGCCCUUGUCAUCCCAGCGAGGUAUACGAUAUUUUGCCAGGUGGAAGAACUGCAAGUGGAGGCUGCCCGAGCAUCCAUGUUGAAUAUGUUUGGUCACCAAAUAAGGAUGUUGGGAAGACCGUUUUCGAGAUCGGUUGCGACAGGCUUGCCUGGAAUCGACUUUAGUGCUGAUUCUAGAAGACAUAGUCUGAGGGGUUCUAUAACACGAGCGUUGGGUGUUCUUAAGCCGAAGCACGAUAGACCGUCACCAUCAAGUUCGAGCGAGAGUUCUAGCGUGAUGAGUCUGACACAACCGUACAUAUCCUAUUCACCUCCUAUAGCAGUUCGGACGCUGUCUCAAUUGAGUAUGACAUACGCUCCACCUCCAACACUAGCAGAAUAUGAACCGAUAUAUACUCCUUUGAGUUUAUAUUCCCAGUCUAGCGCAUCCACAAAAGAUAGCCUACAGCGCCUUAAUGAUGGCAAAGAUUAUAAUAUCACCCACCGCUACGGACAAAAAGUAGAUCAAUCUCAUCGAGUGAGUUCACCAUUACCUGAAACAUCUGACGGAAAUAAACAAAGGCGUCACAGACGAGUGAAAAGUAUAGGAGAUAUCAAUGCUUCGAGCAAAACAACGGUUUAA